UCCUGGUGUGGACGGGUGCACGGUUAAUUCGAAUUAACGCUGCUAAAUUCGAAUUAAAGUCCUAGUGUGGACCAGGCCUCAGACAAGCCCUCUGUGGAUGGGGAUGGACGCUGCACACCUACUGCUCAUCUCAUGCUGGUCUCUCAGGAGACUGUUCCAGACUCCAUACUGCUGACCCCAAAGCUACUGAAUGGCAAAAAUCACGUGAGGUCUACCUAAGCCCUUUUGACAUUUUUUUUUGACAUACACAUUUCAGUUUUUAUUUCCCUACUUUCCAUUUUGUCAUUUGAAUCCUCUUCCAUCUUUAUUGUACAGCGCACUUCUGCGUUCACUAAUAACAAUGCAACUGCAGAGACUCUAUAGAAAAGGAUUGUUGAUGCCAUCACAUCCAGUCCACUCUGUCACUCGGCCAGAAGUUUCUCCCUUUUCCUGAACUAUGUUGUCUUCAAUGUAAAAAUGACUGUGCUGACAGAUCCAGGGCCCAGAACUGCUCACUGGUAACAAUAGGAAUAAAAUCUGUUCCCCACUACACAAAACCUAUGGACACUAGUUAAAAGAGUGAAUGAGACCCCAGAGUCAUGAGUUGGCUCUAUGAACAGAGAAAAGACUUUUGUUAACGUGUGCACACUUAGCACUGGUUGUGAGGUAUAAAAAGGCAGUUGCCCAGCUGCAGUGCUAUGGCUUGUAGCCUGAAUCCAGCUACGAUGGAAAAGAUCAUCCUUUUUGAGGAGAGAAACUUCCAGGGCCGCUCUGUUGAGUGCAGCAGCGACCGGCCGGAUUUUCAAAGUCAGCUCAGCCGCUGUAACUCCGUCCGCGUGGAAAGUGGCUGCUUCAUGCUCUAUGAACGUCCCAACUUCCAGGGACAGCAGUUCUUUCUGAAACGGGGGGAUUAUCCUGACAUGCAGUCUGAGGGUUUCAGCACCUCCAUUAAGUCCUGCCGGAUGAUCCCGUCUCACAGGGGCACCUACAGGAUAAAGAUCUAUGAGAAGGAGGAUCACAGAGGCAACAUGGUGGAGUUAACCGAGGACUCUCCGCAAGUCAUGGACCAGCUACGCUCCCCCGAGAUGCUCUCUUGUUCUGUGCUGGAGGGGCACUGGAUCCUUUACGAAUUGCCGAAUUACAGAGGCCGCCAAUACCUGCUGAGGCCAGGGCAGUACCGGAGAUUCAGCGAGUGGGGCGCUAUGAGUGGCAGAGUCGGCUCUUUGAGACGUGCCACUGAUCUCUACUGAAUCAAGACGCCUUUUGUCUGGAAGGGUCUCAACAAAUAAAAUGCUUUAACAACCA